AUGGCGGGCAUUUUCGCAAUUUUAUUACUAUUCCUGGGCAGUUCUACACCGGGUCGGGCUCGAACUUUGUAUGGACUGGAUCAUGGGCCGUCAAAUUUCGACGUUGUCCGUUUCGGAGCAGUUGGCAAUGGCAAAAGAGACGAUUCAAAGGCAUUCUUGAAAGCAUGGGAAAGUGUAUGCCAAAGUACAAAGCCUCCCACCAUGACUAUUCCAGCAGGGAAAACCUUUCUCCUUAAUCCAACUACUUUUAGAGGCCCGUGCAAGUCUCCUGCUAUCAAUAUCCAGGUUUCAGGGAAUAUAUUAGCUCCAAGUUCAAUCUCCUCAUGGGGCAAUGACCAGGAACAUUGGAUCCAUUUCAAGUGUGUGGAUGGCCUUAGCAUUCAAGGAAGUGGGACAAUAGAUGGUCAAGGACAUGCAUGGUGGCCCAUCAAGAGUGCUCAAGAGACCCAUGCAUUGAGCUUCGAUGUGUGCACCAAUCUAAAACUGAGGGAUUUGCACAUUGUUAAUAGCCAGCAAAGACAUAUCGCAAUACAUAAUUCUAAUACUGUUUACAUAAAGGGUCUCCAUAUUAAUUCUCCAGAAGAUAGCCCCAACUCUGAUGGCAUACAUAUCCAAAGCUCGCAACAUGUCAAUGUCGAGAACAGUUUCAUUGCCACUGGUGACGAUUGCAUUUCCAUUGGUGAUGGCACGUAUGAUGUAAAUGCAUCCAAAAUCACUUGUGGCCCGGGUCACGGCAUCAGCGUCGGAAGUCUCGGUAAAGAUGGGAGUCGUUCAACUGCAGAAAUGAUACAUGUUAAGGAUUCUUUCUUUAUUGGAACUAAAAAUGGGGCUCGGAUUAAGACAUGGCAGGGCGGUUCUGGAUUUGCCAGAAACAUUAUAUUCGAAAAUCUGAUCUUCACAGAUGUGGAAAACCCCAUCAUCAUUGACCAGUAUUACUGUCCAAACAAAGGUUGCAAGAAUCAAGUGAAUGUAUCUGCACUGAUUUCAAAUUUGCCAUAA